AUGGAGAUGUGUUUGACAGAAAUGCCUGUUAGUGGUUAUAGUAGCGCUCGAGGAUCAUUACACACCCUGUAUCCAAUACAUUAUCACCAAAAGGGAGGAAUGAAAAUACCUACCUACCUACCUACCCCUCUGUGGAGAAGCCUGGCUGGCCAUUGAGCCCCAGCCCGGCCCUCCCCUCAUCUAUCAGUGACACUACUGGCUGACAGAGCACUUAUUCACGCUCACUCAUUAAUAUUUAAUUUACUCCCACUUCAAGGGUACAAAAUAUAUAUAUAUACACAAGAGAGAGAAGGAGAGACAUCCCUCUUUCUUUCUCUCCUUCUCUCUCUCUCUCUCUCUCUCUCUCUCUCUCUCUCUCUCUCUCUCUCUCUCUCUCUCUCUCUCUCUCUCUCUCUCUCUCUCUCUCCCUUCACUUUCUCUCUCUCUUGCCUCAACUUUCACAGCCAAAACACAGCAAGCAAAUGUGGGCUCUAAUUUCAUGUGCACGUUUCAUUAGAGGUGUCGACCAGUUUACACUUUUCCUGACACUUUGAGCAACUCCACACAUUCCUGCACCGUUUGCUUAAAAAAAAAAUCUCAUUUGUCCUUUGUCAGCACAAACACUUUAAUUUUAUGCUUUCACUCUUGAGUAAGCAGCAGAUCUCCUCAGAAGCCCUCAGAGACACAGGAAAUGCAUGUGGGUCCUUUCCUCUACCUCAUCAGCAGCUCAACAAAUACUACAUGGCCUCUAUGUUUUAUAAAUCAUUUGAAUCACGCAAAAGUGGAAAUACUGUAGAGGGCAAAAGUGCAGGUGUGUCAGUUUUCAAGUGGCCAAAACAACACAAUAACUAUGUCUUACUUUAUAAAAUGCCAUUCGGUAUGCUAUACUGCAUUCAGUUUUUAAUAAAUACAGUAUGCUAUACUGCAUUCAGUAAAAAUCUAUAUGGUAUGCUAUACUGCAUCCAGUAAAAAAUAUAUACGGUAUGCUAUACUGAAUUCAGUAAAAAAAUAUAUAUAUACAGCAUGCUAUGCUGCAUUCAGUGAAAAAAUAUAUAUGGUAUGCUAUACUGCAUUCAGUAAAAAAAUAUAUAUAUACGGUAUGCUAUACUGCAUUCAGUUAAAAAAUAUAUGGUAUGCUAUACUGCAUUCAGUUUCAAAAUAUACUGUAUGCUAUACUGUAAAAUAGUAAUGAAAGUAAUAAUGUACUGUAUCAUGUCUUACAGUGGCUUGCGAAAGUAUUCACCCCCCUUGGCAUUUUUCCUAUUUUGUUGCCUUACAACCUGGAAUUAAAAUGGAUUUUUUGGGGGUUUGUAUAAUUUGAUUUACACAACAUGCCUACCACUUUGAAGAUGCAAAAUAAUUUUUUUUGUGAAACAAACAAGAAAUAAGACAAAAAAACAGAAAACUUGAGCAUGCAUAACUAUUCACCCCCCCAAAGUCAAUACUUUGUAGAGACACCUUUUGCAGCAAUUACAGCUGCAAGUCUCUUGGGGUAUGUCUCUAUAAACUUGGCACAUCUAGCCACUGGGACUUUUGCCCAUUCUUCAAGGCAAAACUGCUCCAGCUCCUUCAAGUUGGUUGGGUUCCGCUGGUGUACAGCAAUCUUUAAGUCAUACCACAGAUUCUCAAUUAGAUUGAGGUCUGGGCUUUGACUAGGCCAUUCCAAGACAUUUAAAUGAUUCCCCUUAAACCACUCAAGUGUUGCUUCAGCAGUAUGCUAAGAAUCUCCCUGUAUUUAGCGCCAUCCAUCAUUCCUUCAAUUCUGACCAGUUUCCCAGUCCCUGCCGAUGGAAAACAUCCCCACAGCAUGAUGCUGCCACCACAAUGCUUCACUGUGGGGAUGGUGUUGUCGGGGUGAUGAGAGGUGUUGGGUUUGCGCCAGACAUGGCAUUUUCCUUCAUGGCCAAAAAGCUCAAUUUUAGUCUCAUCUGACCAGAGUACCUUCUUCGAUAUGUUUAGGGAGUCUCCCACAUGGCUUUUGGCGAACACCAAACGUGUUUGCUUAUUUUUUUCUUUAAGCAAUGGCUUUUUUCUGGGGACUCUUCCAUAAAGCCCAGCUCUGUAGAGUGAACGGCUUAAAGUGGUCCUAUGGACAGAUACUCCAAUCUCCACUGUGGAGCUUUGCAGCUCCUUCAGUGUUAUCUUUGGUCUCUUUGUUGCCUCUUUGAUUAAUGCCCUCCUUGCCUGGUCCGUGAGUUUUGGUGGGCAGCCCUCUCUUGGCAGGUUUGUUGUGGUGCCAUAUUCUUUUCAUUUUUUAAUAAUGGAUUUAAUGGUGCUCUGUGGGAUGUUCAAAGUUUCGGAUAUUUUUUUAUAACCCAACCCUGAUCUGUACUUCUCCACAACUUUGUCCCUGACCUGUUUGGAGAGCUCCUUGGUCUUCAUGGUGUCGCUUGCUUGGUGGUGCCCCUUGCUUAGUGGUGUUGCAGACUCUGGGGCACUUCAGAACAGGUGUAUGUAUACUGAGCUCAUGUGACAGAUCAUGUGACACUUAAAUUGCACACAGGUGGACUUUAUUUAACAAAUUAUGUGACUUCUGAAGGUAAUUGGUUGCACCAGAUCUUAUUUAGUGGCUUCAUAGCAAAGGGGGUGAAUACAUAUGCAUGCACCACUUUUCCGUUAUUUAUUUUUUAGAAAUUUUUCAUUUCACUUCACCAAUUGGGACUAUUUUGUGUAUGUCCAUUACGUGAAAUCCGAAUAAAAAUCCAUUUAAAUUACAGGUUGUAAUGCAUCAAAAUAGGAAAAACGCCAAGGGGGAUGAAUACAUUUGCAAGGCACUGUACAUUAUUAAAUUAGGAAACAUUGACAUACAGCACUGAUUGUAACAAUUAUUGCAUUUAUGAUCACAGAAAGACUGAGCUGUUAGUUUUUUCUCAUCAUAGGAAGUAUAUGACCGAGAUGUUAGGCCACUCCAUACUCUGGGCUGAUCGCUGCCAGGACCUGCAGUCAGAGAGGAGCUCAGGUACAGUGAAGGUCAUCAGGUUCAUGAAGCUGCUCUCUGUCCUUCCUUCCUUUCCCUGUAGUGGUUCUACUGGUGACUGGAACCCUGUGCUUCUGAAACUCUGAGAAAUACGAUAAUUAAGCAGACACUUUGAUCCAAAACUAUUUACAGUUAACAGUGACUAAUCCAGACCAUCCAGACAGUAUAUUUAAAGUGUAGCCCACGUUGGAAUCAAACCCAUAGCCUCGGUGUUGCCACUUGCCAGCACCAUACUCUAAGCUACAGAGUCCUUGGGACCAUGAACCAUGUUCAAUGUACAGUGUAUUCCCACCCACAGGGCUUAUAGUACAGUGUAUAGUGAAACCUCCAGCAGGUCUAUGGGGAGUCGUGGAUCUGUCACAGCACACUGAGCUGCCAAGCCCCUGACACCCCUCUGCCAUGUCAGACACAGCCAUAACAUAGCCAGCACCACUGUCUGAUACAGCUCCACCACACAGCCUGUCAACCACAGCCAAUCACUUCCUCUACUUUAUUCAUAGCAUAAUGUUACACACAGAGUGACAGAGGGUGGGGACAUACUCAUCAGUUGAUAUGUAAUAACAGACCUAUUAUACAGUACCUGAAUAGGCCACUGAGAGAUACAGUACCAAUCAGUACCAUUCCUACCGACAUCACACUUUGUAUAGCUUACCUGGAUUAUUAAGGUUCUAUGAUUUCCUCUGUAAUGAAUACAGUAAUGAGGAGUAGAUGCAUUAUAAAACUUGUCACGGUGUGCAGAAUUGAAAUCUCUCAUUCUGACAUGUAUUUUAUGCAGAUCAGCAUGUUACUCUCCAGGUGUGAUGAGGCCUUAAUUAGCUUUUUGUGAUGGCUGCUGUGCUGUGGGUUGCAGCAUGAGGUGAGCCAUGUUGCUGGGGAAAUGAGUGGGCUAAGUGCAAACCUCUGUUCUCAGUAAUUGCACAGCUGUUUCACAGUGUUGGCUAAAGGUAAUUGUUUCCUCCCCAUCUCAUUCAUAUCCGCAGUAGUCUGUGACUGCAGGUGAAACAGUCAGAGCAGGUAAAUCAGAACAGGAAAACCUGUCUCUCCUGUGAUCUCCUGAGAAGUCGACAAUAAUAACUCAUUAUUGACUCACAAGCUGGUGCCGCUGAGCAUUGAGCCCUUACACAACAGCAGCACCUAGUGGACAUGUGCAUAAUUUCAGCUGGAAAUUGGUGGCGUUGAAGUAGUAUAAUAUUUAUGCAUUUAAUCGUAACUUUCAUAAAGUGAGGGAAUUUUUGUCAUAGAUUUUAAUCACAUCAGUGCACUUCGAUUUCUCUGUCAGAAUUGUUAAUUUGUAGUGUAUUAGAGGAUGGUGCUGGUCUUGUGGCCACUUACAAGGUGUAUAUACAACAUCCUGCCACUUGGUGUCAGUGUGUCUGUAGGAAUAGCUGUCAGAGUACAGUGAUAUCCUCAUCACAUUUUAAAUCUCAUUAGGUUUUUUACAUCCACCAAGCCUGCAGUGCCAAUAAAUAAAUACUCUGAAUUGAGAUUAUUUGACAAUAGAUAUUUACUGUAAUGGAUAACUAGGAAUAAUAGUUAAAAAAUGAGGGUGCAGGUAGAGAGUGACACAUUUGCUCAUUUUUAGAGACAUUAUCAUUUGCACACCCUAUUUUAUUAGAACGCCCCAAAGCCAUUCCAUUAUCAGCUGUAGAGAUCCCCACAAUUAGAUGGGUGCAUCUGCACUUGACCAGCUCAUUCAAAACACACAGUAUCAUGUGUUUUACUCAAGUGGGGGUCUUGAGGUGCCUCAAAAGUGUGGGACAGACCUUCACAUAUUACAUCCACAUACCUCUCGUUUCUAAUUGCAGCUCAAUGUAUUAUCCUCCAGGAAUCCUCACAGUGAGUCACCUCUUUUUGUAAGAAAUUGUUCCUUUUUUGUACGUUCCUCAAGAAUGCAAUUUCCAAUGGAAAGCCUUUCAUUUGGAGUGGCAGAGCACUCUGAGGGUAUGAUAGACUGAUGUGGACUGAAAGACACAAUAGUUCACAUUCAGAGAGAGAGAAAGCGAGAGGUAGAUACAGUGAGGGGAAAAAGUAUUUGAUCCCCUGCUGAUUUUGUACGUUUGCCCACUGACAAAGAAAUGAUCAGUCUAUAAUUUUAAUGGUAGGUUUAUUUGAACAGUGAGAGACAGAAUAACAACAACAAAAUCCAGAAAAACGCAUGUCAAAAAUGUUAUAAAUUGAUUUGCAUUUUAAUGAGGGAAAUAAGUAUUUGACCCCUCUGCAAAACAUGACUUAGUACUUGGUGGCAAAACCCUUGUUGGCAAUCACAGAGGUCAGACGUUUCUUGUAGUUGGCCACUAGGUUUGCACACAUCUCAGGAGGGAUUUUGUCCCACUCCUCUUUGCAGAUCUUCUCCAAGUCAUUAAGGUUUCGAGGCUGACGUUUGGCAACUCGAACCUUCAGCUCCCUCCACAGAUUUUCUAUGGGAUUAAGGUCUGGAGACUGGCUAGGCCACUCCAGGACCUUAAUGUGCUUCUUCUUGAGCCACUCCUUUGUUGCCUUGGCCGUGUGUUUUGGGUCAUUGUCAUGCUGGAAUACCCAUCCACGACCCAUUUUCAAUGUUCUGGCUGAGGGAAGGAGGUUCUCACCCAAGAUUUGAUGGUACAUGGCCCCGUCCAUCGUCCCUUUGAUGCGGUGAAGUUGUCCUGUCCCCUUAGCAGAAAAACACCCCCAAAGCAUAAUGUUUCCACCUCCAUGUUUGACGGUGGGGAUGGUGUUCUUGGGGUCAUAGGCAGCAUUCCUCCUCCUCCAAACACGGCGAGUUGAGUUGAUGCCAAAGAGCUUGAUUUUGGUCUCAUCUGACCACAACACUUUCACCCAGUUCUCCUCUGAAUCAUUCAGAUGUUCAUUGGCAAACUUCAGAUGGGCAUGUAAAUGUUCUUUCUUGAGCAAGGGGACCUUGCGGGCACUGCAGGAUUUCAGUCCUUCACGGCAUAGUGUGUUACCAAUUGUUUUCUUGGUGACUAUUGUCCCAGCUGCCUUGAGAUCAUUGACAAGAUCCUCCCGUGUAGUUCUGGGCUGAUUCCUCACCGUUCUCAUGAUCAUUGCAACUCCACGAGGUGAGAUCUUGCAUGGAGCCCCAGGCUGAGGGAGAUUGACAGGUCUUUUGUGUUUCUUCCAUUUGUGAAUAAUCGCACCAACUGUUGUCACCUUCUCACCAAGCUGCUUGGCGAUGGUCUUGUAGCCCAUUCCAGCCUUGUGUAGGUCUACAAUCUUGUCCCUGACAUCCUUGGAGAGCUCUUUGGUCUUGGCCAUGGUGGAGAGUUUGGAAUCUGAUUGAUUGAUUGCUUCUGUGGACAGUUGUCUUUUAUAAAGGUAACAAACUGAGAUUAGGAGCACUCCCUUUAAGAGUGUGCUCCUAAUCUCAGCUCGUUACCUGUAUAAAAGACACCUGGGAGCCAGAAAUCUUUCUGAUUGAGAGGGGGUCAAAUACUUAUUUCCCUCAUUAAAAUGCAAAUCAAUUUAUAACAUUUUUGACAUACGUUUUUCUGGAUUUUUGUUGUUGUUAUUCUAUCUCUCACUGUUCAAAUAAACCUACCAUUAAAAUUAUAGACUGAUCAUUUCUUUGUCAGUGGGCAAACGUACAAAAUCAGCAGGGGAUCAAACACUCUUUUCCCUCACUGUAGAUAGAUAGAUAGAUAGAUAGAUAGAUAGAUAGAUAGAUAGAUAGAUAGAUAGAUAGAUAGAUAGAUAGAUAGAUAGAUAGAUAGAUAGAUAGAUAGAUAGAUAGAUAGAUAGAUAGAUAGAUAGAUAGAUAGAUAGAUAGAUAGAUAGAUAGAUAGAUAGAUAGAUAGAUAGAUAGAUAGAUAGAUAGAUAGAUAGAUAGAUAGAUAGAUAGAUAGAUAGAUAGAUAGAUAGAUAGAUAGAUAGAUAGAUAGAUAGAUAGAUAGAUAGAUAGAUAGAUAGAUGUCAUAGAAGACGAACAGAUUACACAAUUUCAAAUUUUCAGGAGGAAGUGGCUGAACAUAAUGUUUUAAUGCUAGACGGUGCUCUAUGAUUAGUUGCUGAGGACUACAACCGCCCGUUGAACAAGUUCACCACUUUUGGUUUUCAUUCACACAAAAUGCGAAGCAUUUCUAUGAAUUCAGCAACUGGCCAAGGGCUAAAGUUUGAGUUCAGUUUUAAACUUGAACAUUGUGCAUUUAAGUUUAGAAUGUACAGUAGUCUCUAUCAACAGAUGUGGGGAGCUCUACGACUGACUGAGUGAGUCCACAGUAGAGUCCAGCACAAUUUACAUUACGCAUUGGUGCUUUUUAGUGAAAAAGAGGUCUGAAAUGAGCUGUGGUUUUAGGAUAUGUAUAAGAGAUAAGUAAGGUCAGACGCAGACCUGGCAGUGGAAGAGUUAUCUGAGAUAAAGCUAACAGCUAAUGUUAGCCUGUACCCUGUGACUCCGUCAGACCAUCUCUCUCGCUUUCUAUCUUUCUAUCUUUCUAUCUUUCUAUCUUCUCUCUCUCUCUCUCUCUCUCUCUCUCUCUCUCUCUCUCUCUCUCUCUCUAUCUCUCUCUCUCUCUCUCUCUCUCUCUCUCUCUCUCUCUCUCUCUCUCUCUCUCUCUCUCUCUCUCUCUCUCUCUCUCCCCUUCUGUUUUUGUCUCAACCUAAUGCCCCUACAACAUUUAUGGAGCUGCUUUAAAAGGCGGUCUCCAUAGCGACGGUGUGACAUCCCUCCACCACUGACCCUUUCCCCAGCAGAGGUUCUGAUUGAUGGUUGAAGGGGCGGUCAUCAAGACUAUCUGCUCUGGCCAGAUUAGGCCGGACAAACAUGCCCCCGAAUGGCCAGCCAGGCAGGAAUGUUUGUUAACAAGGUGAUAUUCUGCCAUUUUCUGAACCGCAGAUUUACAGACAUGUACCCCCUGCCUCUUUAAUAAUUCCAUAAAUCUCAUCUGAAUGUAUUCUUGUCUUUUGGUUAUUUUUAAACCUUUGAAUAAUCUCUUUAUCUGACUACAGGUCAGUCUGUCAGAGCACUCACACAGUGGUUGUUAGAAUUAGCCAUAUGAGUAGCAUUUGCUUUGUAGAGAAUUCACUGGACUCUGGAUGGUUAAUUUACUGCAGUGGGCUAAAUCAGGGUCACACAGAGUGUUUCUUGGUAGUCUUAAACAAAUCUACUUUGAAACAAAAGUAUACACCUCACACACAUGGUUUACAAAAAAUAAGACACUUGUACCAUGUCAGAUACAGAGUUGAAAUGUAUUCAAUUUUGAGUUUGCAUCCCAAUAUUACACUUUAAAUAUAUCACAGAAGACUGAAAUAUAACAAAACUGUUUGACAUAAAAGUAACGUUUAUUAAUUAUGAAAAAUAUUAAUAACAUUCCAUCCAUGAGGCCACUAGGUCAUUUGAUUGCAGGAAAGGAUGACAGUGUUCAGUCCAGACAUUACUGAGCAAAAUGUCCGGACGCCACCUGUAUCCCAUAGAUCUACCACUUCUAUCAUCUCUUUGGAAGAUAUCAGUCAGCAGUACAGUGUAGUAACAAUCACUCUGUAAUGGAGCGCACAGCAAAACAGUGCAGGUAUCCCCUCAACUCUCAACACAUUGAUGCCCAUUUUACAUUAAAAUCAAAUCAAAUGUUAUUUGUCACAUGCUUCGUAAACAACAGGUGUAGACUAACAGUGAAAUGCUUACUUACGGGUCCUUUUCCAACAAUGCAGAGUUAAAGAUAAAGAUACAAAAUGACAUUUUUUGUAUAUAUUAUUUUAUCUUUACAUUAUCUUUACAUUACCAUUACAUUAUCUUUACAUUAUUGUAAGUAAUUUGACACUUUGUUGCAACUCAAGAUAGCGUUGCGUGUUACAGUUAUGUAAUACCAUUCAGCUUCAUCAUAUAGAAUUUUGUUGUUGAACAAGACAAAGACUUUGGGGGUGUCAGUAUCCCAGGGUGCCUGGGCAGGCUACUGUGGGCUGGUGCUUCUGGGAAAAGUGUUCAUCCUCUCCCCACAUGUAGCUCACUGGCCCUUUGUCUCCUCUGAUGUGAGCCCGCCGAGCCCACUGUUUGACGUUUCCAUGCCGUUCUUACAACCCCCAGGUUGUCAUGGAAAUACACUGGGUGGCAAUGGCCGCAAAGUUAGAGUGGAGGAAAGGGGAGUGAAAAGAGGGGGGUCAAUUAUUCCUGGGUUCUUUUGUGUACUUCUGUGACAUCAUGGCCAAAUGUUGAUUAAAAGAAGCAGUUGACUGCUUUACAUUGGAUAUUUGUUGACACCAAGCUAAAGAAGGAGUGUCCAGAAUACUCAGUGCAGUUCAGAAGCCUAAAUGUUGUACUUUAUUAGUUUUACAGUACAUGGAUGUCUUGUUAAUGACUGUAAAUGUUUAAUGUUUCAGUCACAUUGAUAAAAGAUGUUGGAUUUAAGUGUAGUCAUGGACUUUUGACUUUGUAAAACAGAGAAACUUGAAUAGCCCCACAGUCUCUCUAUCCCUAUCCUAGUCUCUCAUGCUGUCCUAGUCUCUCAUGCUGUCCUAGUCUCUCAUGCUGUCCUAGUCUCUUUGUGUGAAACAAGGCUGCUCUGAGGAAUAACCCACAGUGGCCAGACAAGGCGACUGAACACGUAGGCGUUUACAGAGGGAGCCCAACACACCCAGCUUACAUAGCCUUCAAAAACACAGCAUUCAGUACAGUGUAGACCAACAAACAACAUAACAUUAUCGAUUGUCUGUGCUGGUGUUAUAUUUGUACUUGUCGUGUGUAUGAGUGGGUAGAUGUGCUUGGGAUGUACUGUAUUUGCCCACUCAGGACCACAAGACAGACAGAUAUUUAUCCACCAUUUCCAGUGUAAUUUAGAACUGUAAUCAUUAUGUCCUUGCAGUUUGCAACAUCCCAAUAACAACAUCACUGUUUUCAGACCUCCUCAGGUUCCUAACCUUGUCUGAUGUAUUGUACAGUAUGUGACUAAAAUCGAUUGGGAAGUUACUGAAAUACUGUCAGCAAGUCAGUGACACUCUCGUCCCCAUAUCUACAAUGACAGUUAUGAUCUGACAUAGCUAAUCUACAACAGUUUGUGUGGAUAGGAUCAGGGUACACAAACUCACGUAAAAUGGGUUGGAGCCUCCCCUUAAGUCCUAGGCUCUUUCUUUACCAUGAACAUGCAGCUGUAAAAGAGGUGCUUUUUCAGCCAGACUUUCAUCUCCUUGCUCCUGAUGUGGUUAGUCUGUUGCUCUGGGAUCCCCCCGGACAAUGCUGUGGUGCCUCUUCCACAUUAUGUGUUUACCAGCACUGCUUUUACUACUCUGUGAAUCAUUGCAUUGCAGUUGACAUACCAGUGUACCAAGGUAGUCAUGCCUCCACUGCAUCCCACAUCUCCUCCCUCAGCCCUACUCUGUUAACAAGGCCGUCUCCUACACACCACAUUCUCCUCACUCUCUCAACAUGGUUGUUACGCUGUCACCCUACACCUCAAUCUCAGUACCUUUUCAACAAGCCCUGCAGUUAACCCAAAUUAUAUUAAGAACAAUAUGGAUUGAAGUGAAUAAAGAUUGAUGAGUGUUGCCCAUAAGUUGGUAUCAGUAAACCAUCAAUCAAUAUGUUUUUGAAUGGGAUUUAAAAUAUCUUAUGUAUACAGAGACCUUUCCUGAAUUCAGUCAACCAGGGUAGAGAUGCUUAUCACACCCCUAUCUCACCAACAUACAAGACAAAUCUCUUCUCUACCUCUCACAAACAUAACAAUGGGGUUGAUUCAUAAAAUGUAAACCACCAUGUUAAACUUACUACUUACCAAAGGCAAAUGACAUAAUCAAUACUCCUCUAAACAUCAUGAGUUUCCAAUAUUUGCGUGUCCUUUGCUGACACCCUGAGUCGGAGGAAACAUCACAACUAUACCCAUUCUUUUUGUCAACUCAGUGUAUAGGUGAUAGUUCAUUUUUAUAUAUCAACCCCUAAUGUGUUUUACUGCAGUGAGUCAGCAACAUGGGGCUUAGAAUGAUGCUCUAGCUAUACUGUUUACACAGAAGGUGGACAGCGACACACACUUAGAACCUCAUUAAUACUCUUCAUAAACCUGUUGAAAAUUAUUAAUAGUCAAUACAGAUUAUGAUAAUCUACACUGUACAUUUUCUUCAAUGAACUGAGGAAUUUUAAACAAUCUGAAGGUGAAAGAAGUAGCCUGUUGGACAUCUUCAAUCCUUCAAUACAGAUGUAGGAUCUUAACUUGAUCACCCUGUUGCAGGAAAAAAAUUCUGCAAUGCAGGACAUUUAGAACUUGGACUGUAUUUGAGGUUUAAAAAAGCUUCUGAAGUUUGUAAUUUCCACUUUGACAUUUCAGACUUGAUUUUCGCUUACGAUGUGUCAACCUCUACAAAAUUGUCCAUGAAUUAUAAUCCACAUAAUAAUUCACAUUUCCUGUUGCUGCAGGAUUAUUUUCCUGCUGUAGCAAACUGGCUCAAAAUAAGAUCCUAAAUGCAUAUAAAUUAUAUUGUUUAAAUUGUUCCAAAUGCAAACUUGCAAAAGACGCUUACAUGUUCAAACCAAUGUGUAUGGUCUGGAUGAGGGGGGGUGGCCGCAGGCUGCUGUUCAGACAGCGGAUUAAGGGGGAAGGAGGCGAGAGGUGCCCAGCUUGGUGCAGCAGCAGCAGCAGGCUUUGUUGAUCUGGGUCUGUGGUGUGGCUUUCAGUCUGUGGGUUGGUUGGUACCCAGGAGAAUACUAAUGCAGCUCUUUGUCUUCCAGAUCAGUGUACACUGGGCAUUAGAUUAGUGGCUUUUGUGUGGGGGUCUUACACUCAAGUACAUGUGUGUGUGCUUGGGGCCACACGGGAGGAUCCCUCUACUAAAACCAAAAACAGAGAGUGGUCCAUACUAUUUAUUUCAUUUCAUAUUCAGUACAGGUAUACAGUGAGGGAAAAAAGUAUUUGAUCCCCUGCUGAUUUUGUACGUUUGCCCACUGACAAAGAAAUGAUCAGUCUAUAAUUUUAAUGGUAGGUUUAUUUGAACAGUGAGAGACAGAAUAACAAUAAAAAUAUCCAGAAAAACGCAUGUAAAAAAUGUUAUAAAUUGAUUUGCAUUUUAAUGAGGGAAAUAAGUAUUUGACCCCCUCUCAAUCAGAAAGAUUUCUGGCUCCCAGGUGUCUUUUAUACAGGUACCGAGCUGAGAUUAGGACCACACUCUUAAAGGGAGUGCUCCUAAUCUCAGCUUGUUACCUGUAUAAAAGACACCUGUCCACAGAAGCAAUAAAUCGAUCAGAUUCCAAACUCUCCACCAUGGCCAAGACCAAAGACCUCUCCAAGGAUGUCAGGGACAAGAUUGUAGACCUACACAAGGCUGGAAUGGGCUACAAGACCAUCGCCAAGCAGCUUGGUGAGAAGGUGACAACAGUUGGUGUGAUUAUUCGCAAAUGGAAGAAACACAAAAUAACUGUCAAUCUCCCUCGGCCUGGGGCUCCAUGCAAGAUCUCACCUCGUGGAGUUGCAAUGAUCAUGAGAACGGUGAGGAAUCAGCCCAGAACUACACAGGAGGAUCUUGUCAAUGAUUUCAAGGCAGCUGGGACCAUAGUCAUCAAGAAAACAAUUGGUAACACACUACGCCGUGAAGGACUGAAAUCCUGCAGCGCCCGCAAGGUCCCCCUGCUCAAGAAAGCACAUAUACAGGCCCGUCUGAAGUUUGCCAAUGAACAUGAUUCAGAGGAGAACUGGGUGAAAGUGUUGUGGUCAGAUGAGACCAAAAUCGAGCUCUUUUGCAUCAACUCAACUCGCCGUGUUUGGAGGAGGAGGAAUGCUGCCUAUGACCCCAAGAACACAAUCCCCAACGUCAAACAUGGAGGUGGAAACAUUAUGCUUUGGGGGUGUUUUUCUGCUAAGGGGACAGGACAACUUCACCACAUCAAAGGGACGAUGGACGGGGCCAUGUACCAUCAAAUCUUGGGUGAGAACCUCCUUCCCUCAGCCAGGGCAUUGAAAAUGGGUCGUGGAUGGCUAUUCCAGCAUGACAAUGACCCAAAACAAACGGCCAAGGCAACAAAGGAGUGGCUCAAGAAGAAGCUCAUUAAGGUCCUGGAGUGGCCUAGCCAGUCUCUAGACCUUAAUCCCAUAGAAAAUCUGUGGAGGGAGUUGAAGGUUUGAGUUGCCAAACGUCAGCCUCGAAACCUUAAUGACUUGGAGAAGAUCUGCAAAGAGGAAUGGAACAGAACAUCUCCUGAGAUGUGUGCAAACCUGGUGGCCAACUACAAGAAACAUCUGACCUCUGUGAUUGCCAACAAGGGUUUUACAGAGGGGUCAAAUACUUUUUUCCCUCAUUAAAAUGCAAAUCAAUUUAUAACAUUUUUGACAUGCGUUUUUCUGAAUUUUUUUGUUGUUAUUCUGUCUCUCACUGUUCAAAUAAACCUACCAUUAAAAUUAUAGACUGAUCAUGUCUUUGUCAGUGGCAAAACGUACAAAAUCAACAGGGGAUCAAAUACUUUUUUCCCUCACUGUAUGUACUCACUGUAAAUUUCUAUGUAUGCUGUUCACUUUUGUGCAUCUAAGAAGAAAGUAUAUGUUACAUAAAGUAUGUUAUACACUGAGUAUACAAAACAUUAAGAACACCUGCUCUUUCCAUGACAUAGACUGACCAGGUGAAUCCAGGUGAAAGCUAUGAUCCCUUAUUGAUGUCACUUGUUAAAUCCACUUCAAUCAGUGUAGAUGAAGGGGAGGAGACAGGUUAAAGAAGGAUUUUUAAGCCUUGAGACAAUUGAGACAUGGAUUGUGUAUGUGUUCCAUUCAGAGGGUGAAUGGGCAAGACAAAAUAUUAAAUUGCCUUUGAACUGGUAGUAGUAUGGUAGUAGGUGCCAGGUGCACCGGUUUGUGUCAAGAACUGGAAUGCUUCUGGGUUUUUCCACGCUCAACAGUUUCCCUUGUGUAUUCAGAAUGGUCCACCACCCAAAGGACAUCCAGCCAACUUGACACAACUGUGGGAAGCAUUGGAGUCGACAUGGGCCAGCAUCCCUGUGGUACGAAUUGAGGCUGUUCUGAGGGCAAAAGAGAGGAAGCAACUCAAUAUUAGGAAGGUGUUCUUAAUGUUUGGUAUACUCAGUGUAUAUAUAGAGUAACCUAAAUAAAGUAACCUAAGUAAUUCAUUAUCAUCUGUAGUGAAUUACAUCUCAUUGACUAUGUAAUGUACUGAUACACUAUAUAUACAAAAGUAUGUGGACACCCCUUCAAAUGAGUGGAUUCUGCAAUUUCAGCCACACCCGUUACUGACAGGUGUAUAAAAUCGAGCACAUAGCCAUGCAAUAUCCAUAGACAAGCAUUGGCAGUAGAAUAGCCUUAUUGAAGAGCUCAGUGACUUUCAACGUGGCACUGUCAUAGGAUGUCACCUUUCCAACAAGUCACUUUGUCAAAUUUCUGCCCUGCUAGAGCUGCCCCAGUCAACUGUAAGUGCUGUUAUUGUGAAGUGGAAACGUCUAGGAUCAACAACGCGAAGUGGUAGGCCACACAAGCUCACAGAACGGGACCGUCGAGUGCUGAAGCGCGUAUCGUCUGUCCUCGGUUGCAACACUCACUACCGGGUUCCAAACUGCCUCUGGAAGCAACGUCAGCACAAGAACUGUUAGUCGGGAGCUUCAUGAAAUGGGUUUCCAUGGCCGAGCACCCGCACACAAGCCUAAAAUCACCAUGCGCAAUGCCAAGCGUCGGCUGGAGUUGUGUAAAGCUCGCCGCCAUUGGACUCUGGAGCAGUGGAAACGCGUUAUCUGGAGUGAUGAAUCACGCUUCACCAUCGUCCGACGGACAAAUCUGGGUUUGGCGGAUGCCAGGAGAACGCUACCUGCCCCAACUUAAAGUUUGGUGGAGGAGGAAUAAUGGUCUGGGGCAGUUUUUCAUGGUACGGGCUAGGCCCCUUAGUUCCAGUGAAGGGAAAUCUUAAUGCUACAGCAUACAAUGACAUUCUAGACGAUUCUGUCCUUCCAACAUUGUGGCAACAGUUUGGGGAAGGCCCUUUCCUGUUUCAGCAUGACAAUGCCCCCGUGUACAAAGCCAGGUCCAUACAGAAAUGGUUUGUCGAGAUCAGUGUGAAGAACUUGACUGGCCUGCACAGAGCCCUGACCUCAACCCCAUCGAACACCUUUGGGAUGAAUUGUAACGCCGACUGCGAGCCAUGCCUAAUCGCCAAACAUCACUGCCCGACCUCAUUAAUGCUUUUGUGGCUGAAUGGAAGCAAGUCCCUGCAGCAAUGUUCCAACAUCUAGUGGAAAGCCUUCCCAGAAGAGUGGAGGCUGUUAUAGCAGCAAAGGGGGGACCAACGCCAUAUUAAUGCCAUUCGACGAGAAGGUGUCCACAUACUUUUGGUCAUGUAGUUUACCUUAAUGUAUACAGUACAUAGCAGCAACAGACAGUAAGAGUGGUGCAGAAAUGCUUGCCACCCUGCUGGUCUUGAUGAACUCUCCGUGCCAAAGGCUUGGCACUGUUUGCAUUAGUAGGGUUCUUUAAAAAAAUUGCCCUAUUUGCAUGACACAGCAUGCUACUGAUUCAAGAGCGCCGAGGAGUGUGGUGGUGGGGGGGGGGCAGAGGGUGACUGUUGGAGGCAGAGGGUGACUGUUGGACAGAAAGGCAACGGACAGCACUCCUCACAAUGCACAGCAGAGACUCCUCCAUAGAGGCCAGUUAAGCAGGAGAUGCUGGAGGCUAAAGCUGCUGGACAGUGGACGAACUGACUGGACUGGACACAGGUCAGAGGACACGCAGGAAAUCAGAGUAGUGGUCAUCAGGAUUUAAGGAGAGUUAAAGCAGCCUUGGAGUAGCACUAGGCAUUGAGAGCUGGAGUCGGAGCAGUCUGUUCACUACGAGUCUACAGAAAGCCCAAUUACACAAAUAAGGGGACAUCACUUGGUGCUGUGUGGGUCUGGGGUAACUUUUAUGUGUGUUAUACGGUAAGAUAAGCAUCCUAUCGCUAUUUUAUUUGAAGUGGUUCUCUUUGAAAUAUACACAAAAUAUAGUAUCAUAUUUAUAAUACUUCAAAUAUUGUUUAUACAGUAUGUUUUUGCGCUGUGUUAGUCAUUGUAUUGAUGAACAGAUGUGAAUUGGUCUUUGAUAUGAAUACAGUAUGAUCCAUUGAAGAAACCUAAAUGCUGAAAGGGAGAGGCCAGUUAGCAUUGUGUUUUGUUCCAGCUGUGGAACACUGAGACGUAGAGAUGACUGGAGCCAUGCUGCCUGGGGUUCUGCUCUGUUGCAUAGUGGUAAUGUCUAUUCCUUUCUUAUAUAUAAAAUGAAAUAAUUUGGAAAAUGAAUCCAUUCAUUGUUUUAAGCGUUUUACUGUAGAAAUUAAUUAAUUUAUUGGUAGAUCUAAGUUUGAUAGGCUAAACACAACGAUUCAUUUGACUCCAUUGUUCUGCUUGUUUCUAUACUGAGUUCAUAGGAGAAGUACAUAUCAAGGAUAUUACAUGUCAAUGCCAUAGCCAAAGAAUAAAGCAGUGUAAAUGUUUCCUCUACUGUAGGUGCUGUGUGAAUGUGAGCCAACACAGCCAGGGCCAGACAAAGGAGAGAUGGACACAGACGGUGAGUUCUGGAACUGUCAAUGACUUUCAAUGCCAUGGCAGCAACUCUUACAACCUGAUGUAUGAUGCUUGAAUCUCUUUAGGAUAUCAUGUCUGUUCCAUGUUGUUUCCAUAGAGAUUUGCUCAAAGAGAUUAUAGAGGUGUUCCUGUAAAGUGUGAUCCACGCCUAUUUGUGGUUUUGUGGUCAUAAUGACAGAGGGCAGUCUGGUCCAUCAAACAUCAGACUGGGUGUUCCAGCUGGUCAACGUAUCCCUGGACCUCUCCCAGGCAAGGAGCUUCUGCAGCGGCCAAUUCAGCUCCCUCACCACCUUGGGCCAGCCUGAAGACGAGGAGGGAACCCUGGAGCUCCAGAGGCAGGCAGGCCUGCAUGGACCCAUGUGGGUCAGGGACCCCAACAGACCAACCAGCAGGCCUCUGGCCCUCGCCAAACAGUGUGAGUUUAGCAACUACAACACCUAUGUCUUGAUGCCAUGUUGCAUUCAUCUCUUCCACUCUAUCAAGUUGUCUAUAGACACCUUGGCUUUGUGUUGUGAUCAAGGCCAACAUUGAGAGUGAUGAUCUCCUUCUGUCUCUACCUGUUAGACAUGCUCUUCCAAGCCCUGAACUUCCCCAGGGACUCUCAGGAGGGCUAUGGCCGUGUCAACAUGAUGUUUCCGGCCCUGCCAGCGGUGAGCGUGUGUGUCCGCGUGCAGUGGGACCCCCAGUGGGACCAGGUGUCCACCAUGUACUCCUACGCCGCACCUGUCUUCACCAAUGAGUUCCAGCUGCGCGGGCAGGUGGACAGAACAGGACGCAUUCUGCUGGCGCUCAUCGUCCACGGGCAGCACCGCCCCUACAAGGCUUCCUUCCCCAACGAUGGGGCCUGGCACCACCUCUGUGUUACCUGGCGCAAGACUGACGGCCACUGGGCCAUCUAUGUGGAUGGGGAGAGAGGGGCCAUGGGCUCCGGGACUGACACACCCAGGGAUAUGCAUGGAGAUGGCAUACUUAUCCUGGGGCAGGACCAGGACUCAUUCGGAGGGAACUUCACUGAGCCCUUCGUAGGGAAUAUCACAGAUCUGAAUGUCUGGGACACAUCCUUGGAGCAGAGGCAGUUCCGUGCCCUGAGCGGCUGCUCGCCUUUGACCCAGCAAGCUAUCUUUACCUGGAGUAUUGAUAAUAUGACCCGUCACCCAGUGGUCAGGGAGGUGUCAGCCAUGCUGUUCUGCCCAGGUGAGACUGCACCAACACUCUCACAGCAAUGAGAGAUCCCUACAUAAAAUAUAGCCAUAAUCUGAUCUGCUCUCUUUAUUGGAUGUGCUUUUUAUCAGUGCUUUUGAUUCGAGGUUGAUAUAUUUUUUGUUUGAUUUAAUUGUCAUCUUAGCAGUUGAAUCUUGUCCAUUUAAACUUACUAUCUGCCCUUUUGUUUCACAUGCCCCUUGUGGUCUCUUGCUCCUAGUCAAGUAGCCUAUUUUACAUUGAAGAAGGAUUUGUUCACACACAAAAUUCAGCAUGCAUUAUUUGGGUGGCCUCCUGCAGAUUUAAAAUCAGAAUGUAGGUCUUUUGAUUCUUUCACAUAGCUUUUUUAUUCUGAUAUGGUACCUCCUCUAUUGGGCUUUCUAUCACAAACCUAUUGUCCUUCUUCCAGAUCAAUCCGUUUCUAUUACUAAUCCAAUACUGAGGCAGUGGUUAAUGUUCCCAGUCCCCCGUCAGUUGGUUGUUGAAUCAUUCUGGGUGAUCUACCUCUAAAGAGGUCAGUUAAGCCAGUGGCUGUCUGCCUGAACACAUCCAGUAUGUCUGUCUGAGAGAGAUGCAUGGGGGAGAGGAAACUGGUUAGCGUGGUUCACUGGCUAAAGGCCAUCUGGAGGGCAGAGGAGGGGGAUUCACGCAAGUAUGAGGUCUGUGCUUUACGAAGAGAAUGGAGCUCUACUCAAUAGUGAAAAGCAACAAAACGUUUAACUGUCAUGAAAAAGAAGGGAUUCCAUUUCUGUGAGUAACAAGUUGACUGGCUUUUUGUUGGCAGCCAUUCUCAGUAAAAAUGUCAAACACGGUCAAAAUAAUUGCAAGGAAUUGUCUGUCUUUUUCAAAGGUUGUUGAAUAUUAAUAUGAAAAUAUGAUGGUCUUUCACUUAUACAUGUAAAUUGCUUUAGAUUGCGAACAUGUUAUGCUACAGCAUGCUAAAUUAAACCAAAUACUUAGAGGACUAUGGAUUAAACAAAGGUGUCACAAAAUCAAGAGCUCACUUGAUACAAAUAAGUCAUUUAAAUGUAUUUCUAUUAACUUUAGUAGAAAAUAAACGGAUUACGUAGUUACUGGAGCUGUCUCAUGCUGUGUGUCUGUGUGUUGUGUUGUGUUGUGUGAGCAGCGGUCCACAGGCAGAGGGAGAUGCAGGGCUGCAGGGCUCUAGAGGGCUGGUCUAGCCAACAGCUCCCCCUGUACAGCUCUGCAGACUGCUCCACCACACUGCCCUUCAUCUGCAGGACCAGCAGGGGUGAGUCAACCACUACCUAGACUGCCACUACAUAGGCCUAGACCAUUACUUACAUACUGUAACAAACAUGGCUAUCACAGUACUUACUACAUGACUCUUUACUGUACAACAAUAACAUGUAUAUAUCUGAACUGACUAGUGAAACGAAUUUAGCAUCACAUUAGGGAAAAUGAUUGAACAUGAAUAGUUGUGACUCUGUACAAUGUUUGUAACUAAAUACCCUAACAAAACAUCAGAGAGGAAACAUGGACUGUUUCUGACACAUGGCUCUCUGUUACAGAGCGCUAUGUUAAGAUGAAGGAGUUGAGUGAGUUUCAGAACUCCCAUCCCAGUCCCUUCAUGAACCACCUCAUGCAGCUCUCCAAUGGAACACAGGUAAAGACUGAUUACUAUAAGUCAUUGGUUGCCUGUCAGGAUUAGGACAUUUACGAUUGAUCUCUAACUUACUCAACUUGACACAGCAAUUUAAACUUUGUUCUGUCAGAAAAUGAUGUCCAAUUUUGUGUGUGUGUGUAUGUGUGUAUGUGUGUAUGUGUGUGUGUGUGUGUGUGUGUGUGUGUGUGUGUGUGUGUGUGUGUGUGUGUGUGUGUGUGUGUGUGUGUGUGUGUGUGUGUGUGUGUGUGCGUGCGUGCGUUCAUCAGGGCAUGGAGGGUGUGAUGGGGGGAGCAGCCAGGGGGCCAGAUGAGCUGGGGUCAGGUGUCCAGUCUGCUCAACAUGUCCAGGCAGGCCCUGGAGGAUACCAGGGAGGGGCUGCAGCCUGGGGACAUGCUGUCCCUGGUCCAGCUGCUGGCGCGGGCUGCAGACGUGCCCACAGACAUGGCCAAGGAGGGCAACCACAGCCGGGCCACCAACAGCGCUGGGGAGCUCAGCCACACCUUCAUCACUGUGGCUGACAGCAUCAUCAGCCAAGACAACGCCCCCAAGUGGCAGGCCAUCAAACAGGUAUCAAUCAAUUAUUCAAAGUGGUUUACGAGGCCCUGUGUAUAUCAGGUACCAGAGGCAAGCUACAACAAUGACUGGGAACAGGUGGAGGCAGAGAUAAGGUGUUAGGAACUUGACUAAUGGAGCAUGAUUUUAGCAUAUCUCCACUAGAGGGCAGUAAGAUGGAUACUGUGAAUGACCGAGAAACUAUCAAAUGAAUGGUUGUGCUUAGCUAAAUUAGUUAGUGUACAUGUACAGAACACAUAAAGCUGAAUCUUGAUAAAGCUUAAUUGUACAUAUACUAAGUUUAAUCUGUUCUAAAUGCAUGAAUAUCUAGCGUAACAAUAAACAGGUCUAAUUUGUAAAUAGAUGCAGCACUUUUUCACAGACUACAGUCGUGGUCAAAAGUUUUGAGAAGACACAAAUACUAAUUUUCACAAAGUCUGCUGCCUCAGUUUUGAUGAUGGACAUUUGCAUAUACUCCAGAAUGUCAUGAAGAGUGAUCAGAUGAAUUUCAAUUAAUUGCAAAGUCCCUCUUUGCCAUGAAAAUGAACUUAAUCCCCCCCAAAAAUUCCACUGCAUUUCAGUCCUGCCACAAAAGGACCAGCUGACAUCAUGUCAGUGAUUCUCUCGUUAACACAGGUGAGAGUGUUGAUGAGGACAAGGCUGGAGAUCACUCUGUCAUGCUGAUUGAGUUAGAAUAACAGAAUGGAAGCUUUAAAAGGAGGGUGGUGCUUGAAAUCAUUGUUCUUCCUCUGUUAACCAUGGUUACCUGCAAGGAAACAUGUGCCGUCAUCAUUGCUUUGCACAAAAAGGGCUUCACAGGCAAGGAUAUUGCUGCUAGUAAGAUUGCACCUAAAUCAACAAUUUAUCGGAUCAUCAAGAACUUCAAGAAGUGACGUUCAAUUGUUGUGAAGAAGGCUUCAGGGCACCCAAGAAAGUCCAGCAAGCGCCAGGACCGUCUCCUAAAGUUGAUUCAGCUGCAGGUUCGGGGCACCACCAGUGCAGAGCUUGCUCAGGAAUGGCAGCAGGCAGGUGUGAGUGCAUCUGCACGCACAGUGAGGCGAAGACUUUUGGAGGAUGGCCUGGUGUCAAGAAGGGCAGCAAAUAAGCCACUUCUCUCCAGGAAAAACAUCAGGGACAGACUGAUAUUCUGCAUAAGGUACAGGGAUUGGACUGCUGAAUACUGGGGUAAAGUCAUUUUCUCUGAUGAAUCCCCUUUCCGAUUGUUUGGGGCAUCCGGAAAACACCUUGUCCGGAGAAGAGAAGGUGAGCGCUACCAUCAGUCCUGUGUCAUGCCAACAGUAAAGCAUCCUGAGACCAUUCAUGUGUGGGGUUGCUUCUCAGCCAAGGGAGUGGGCUCACUCCCAAUUUUGCCUAAGAACACAGCCAUGAAUAAAGAAUGGUACCAACACAUCCUCCGAGAGCAACUUCUCCCAACCAUCCAAGAACAGUUUGGUGACGACCAAUUCCUUUUCCAGCAUGAUGGAGCACCUUGCCAUAAGGCAAAAGUGAUAACUAAGUGGCUCGGGGAACAAAACAUUGAAAUGUUGGGUCCAUGGCCAGGAAACUCCACAGACCUUAAUCCCAUUGAGAACUUGUGGUCGAUCCUCAAGAGGCGGGUGGACAAACAAAAACCCACAAAUUCUGACAAACUCCAAGCAUUGAUUAUGCAAGAAUGGGCUGCCAUCAGUCAGGAUGUGGCGCAGAAGUUAAUUGACAGCAUGCCAGGGCGGAUUGCAGAGGUCUUGAAAAAGAAGGGUCAACACUGCAAUUAUUGACUCUUUGCAUAAACUUAAUGUAAUUGUUAAUAAAAAGCCUUUGACACUUAUGGAAUGCUUGUAAUUAUACUUCAGUAAACCAUAGUAACAUCUGACAAAAAUAUCUAAAAACACUGAAGCAGCGAACUUUGUGAAGACCAAUACUUGUGUCAUUCUCAAAACUUUUGACCACGACUGUAUUAUGAUCUCUGAUAUAUUAUAUUUCUUACAUUAAACUUCAUAUGAAGCAUGUAUACUAUAUGUAUAUGUAUCCUAGUGGUAGCCAUAUGAUAAGUGUUCAUAUUCAUGCAGCGCUCGCUUCCUCCACUUCACUCACCUCCCCUCUCCCAGGCCUUUCUAUCCUCCAAGGUCACAGCAGCACAGUGCAGCCAGACUGAAUGUAUUAGAGCAGCUAGAGAACUGAUACAAUGUCGCUUUUCUCACCCACAUAGCACUGUUUCACUCACAGUGUCUGCUCUUACCCAAUAACUACAGCCAGGAGUCUCCUGACCAGCUGACCAAACUCUGUGUACUAGUUAUAGGCCUAAUAUCCUGGUCAGAUCACGUGGCCAGGUGAAACUCCUGGCCCUACCAAUGACCAGUAUAUUGCUAUGAUGAACCCCAUACCCUUAUCCCUUCCCUGGGCCCCAGGUGGUGAGUGGACCGAUGGCUGUGGUCAAGAGUAUUGACCGCAUGGUGACCAGUCUGAGCACUCGGCUGAUGGCAGAAACUGACCGUCUGCUCAUUCACAGCUCCAACAUCAGUAAGUCACUUACAGUACAGUACAUUCUCUAGACUUUUAGAGUGUGUUCUGUGUGCUUAUGAAAGGCUGAGAGAGUGGACAGAAAUACUACACAAAGCAAUAUUGAACCGAUAACAUCUUCCAGUGGCUAAUUCAGAAUUGGUUUGAUAUCCCUUUGUGUAUCCACAUGAAAAAAUACUACAGUUUACUAUAGAAUAUUACAGUACUUAAUGUAGAAUUCUGUAGUAAACUGUAGUAUACUGUUGAAUACUAUACUACACACUUUAGUAUCCCUCAAUCCGCAAAAACUAUAUUAAAUACUACUGUAAUGUCCGCAAAAACACUACAGUAAAUACUACAGUAUAGUACAAUCUGCAAAAACAUUACAUGGAUUACUAUAUUAUAUACUAGUUUUAUUUUGCUACAUUAUUUAUACUAUAGUAAACAGUAAAUACUACAGUAUGCUACUGUAAAACACCACAGUGAAAACUACAGUAAAGUCCACAAAAGCACUACAGUGAAUGCUGUAGUAUGUAUACCAUAGUAUACUUAAGCAAUAAGGCACGAGGGGGUGUGGUAUAUGGCCAAUAUACCAUGGCUCAGGGCUCGAACCAACCCAGUUUAUACUUAAGCAAUAAGGCCCCAGAGGUGUGGUAUAUAACCUCACAAACCCCCAAGGUGCCUUAUUGCUAUUCUAAACUGGUUACCAAUGUAAUUAGAGCAGUAAAAAUAAAUGUUUUGUCAUACCCAUGGUAUAUGGUCUGAUAUACCACGGCUGUCAGCCAAUCAGCAUUCAGGUUCGAACCACCCAGUUUAUAAUAUAGUAUUUUUUAAUGUGGGUAAUGUGUCUACUGCUAUUCAGAGAAAUCUAGACCUUUUUUGGACCCCGCCACAUGAGCUUCAUGCUUGUUCUUACCUUUGUUCUUAUAGACCUACUACUUCCUAACACAGGCAUCUUCAUAGACUGCUACAAUACAAUGUUAUUUACCAACCGCUAUGGAGCACUUAGCUGUUCCUCUUACUGUAAUACAAAAAGGACAGAUAGGCCUGCACAUUAUGUAUGCUCCUUAUACCACCUUUAAUUACAACAUUCCUAUCCACAGUGGAUUUUCAUCAGGUCACAGGUGGUAGUAUAUAGGAGCAUAUAGUGACCAGGCCUUUCUGUCCUUUACAUGUAUACUCAUUAGCCCAGCACUUUUUGUAGGAUGUGCUGCUGUGACUACAACCAUUCCUCUUACUAUAGUUAAUUCCACUGAGAAUAGUUAUUUAUGUCAUUCAGAGCUGGAGGUCCAGCAGCAGAGUCUGGGAGAAGGAUCUAGCGGGUCUAAGUUCUGUGGUCCAGUGGUGGACAGCGACACCAACAUAGACUGCAUCUCAGUCCCCACGCAGAACAUUCAGGAUCUCCAUGACAACGGUGAGAGACAUCCCUGAGAGCGCUGUACUGUCUGUAGCUGUACUGUCUGUAGCUGUACUGUCUGUGGCUGUACUGUGUCUAGAUGAGAAUCUGCACUCCUUCAGUCAUAGCCGACUACUUUACAGUCUCAACCAUGUAUUCCUCUAACACUAAAAACAGUAGUAGUCGGCGAUGUAGUGAAGCAGGAUUUUAAAAGACAUACCAAUAAUUUAUCAAGCACUGUUGUACAAAACAUUAAGAACACCUUCCUAAUAUUGAGUUGCCCUCAGAACAGCCUCAUUACGUCGGGGAGUGGACUCUAUAAUGUGUUGAAAGCAUUCCACAGAGAUUCUGGCCCAUGUUAACUCCAAUGCUUCCCAAUGUUGUGUCAAGUUGGCUGGAUGUCCUUUAGGUUGGUGGACCAUUCUUGAUACACACAGGAAACUGUUGAGCGUGAAAAACCCAGCAGUGUUGCAGUUCUUGACACAAACCAGUGCGCCUGGCACCUACUACCAUUACCCCAUUCAAAGGCACUUAAAUAUUUUGUCUUGCCCAUUCACCCUCUGAAUGAACGAAUGAACAAAUGGCACACAUACACAAUCUAUGUCUCAGUUGUCUCAAGGCUUAAAAAUCCUUCUUUAACCUGUCUCCUCCCCUUCAUCUACACUGAUUGAAGUGGAUUUAACAUGUGACAUCAAUAAGGGAUCAUAUCUUUCACCUGGAUUCACCUGGUCAGUCUAUGUCAUGGAAAGAGCAGGUGUUCUUAAUGUUUUCUACACUCAGUGUAUGUACAGGUACACACUUGUCAAUGCACAGUACAGACAGUAUGUUUUCAUCCAUUUGCAGUACCAGGUCCUUGACUUCAUACAACUAUUCACAAUCUAUAUUAGCUGGCUAUUGUGAGACAUAAUAUUGAUCUGUGUUUUCCACUUUGUGCUGCAUUGUUAAACUGACUAGUGUUCUUAGAAGAGUCACUGAGUUUGGUUACUGGAGAUGUGUUGUUUAUGUGGAUGUUGUAUGAGCAGGCUUCCAGAUGGUGACUGUGGUCAACACGUGGUACAGUUCCCUGCGGCCUCUCUUCAGCUCAGAGGAGAACAUCACCAUGUUUCCCAUCGUCACCGACGGCAUCCAGAGGUAUGGAAGACGAGAACUCUGAACUUUUUUAGACUAGGGUGACAUUGAGUAGGCACGAAAUAAGAAGAAAUAAUUUGAAACAGGACAAGUCUUUUUUCAUGAAUUACUGUAGAUAUAAAUCAGUCCAUUAAGAACAUUCAUUUUCAUUAUUGUAUGGGACGCCUUUAAAUGUGCCUUUAGAGGCCAUGCAAUUCAGUACUCAUCUCGAAAACAAAAGCAAUUUAGGUCAAAAGAGCUUAUACUAACAAAGGAAAUAGAAGGUCUAACAGAACAGAUAGAUGGCAAUAAAAACUGUAACAAAGAGGCUCAGAAUAAAUUACAGGAAAAACAAAAAGAAAUGGAAAAACUUAUUCAAGAAAGAUCAAGUGUAAUAUAUUAUAAAAAUAUAGCAAACUGGAUGGAAUAUGGGAAAAAAUGCGCAAAAUUCUUUUUUAAAUCUUCAACCAAAAAUAAUUUAAUGAAACUGGUUACAAUUGACGGAGUCACCCAUGAUUCACCAAAUGAUAUUUUGAAGAAGGAAACAAAGUACUUUAAGCAUAUGUUUUCGUUUCAGUCGCCUCCAUCUCCUCUAACUGAAGCUAAUUGUAGAGAUUUUUUUUCUAUUAAUAAUGUAAAAUUAACAGCCAUACAGAAAGACUCACGUGAAGGUGAAAUUACAGAGGAGGAACUUCUGGAUGCAAUUAAAGACUUUAAGUCUGGGAAAACUCCAGGGUUGGAUGGCAUACCAGUCGAGGUAUACCAAAACUUUUUUGAUAUACUAAGAGGACCGUUAUUAGCAUGUUUUAACCACUCCUAUGUAAAUGGUAGAUUAUCAGACACUCAAGAAGGUCUGAUUUCAUUAUUACUGAAACAGGGUACAAGUGGAAAAUAUAAAGAUCCAGUCCAUAAAAAAAAUUGGAGGCCCCUUACACUUCAGUGUUGUGAUGCAAAAAUUCUAGCAACAUGUAUAGCGGAUAUAAUUAAAAAGGUAUUGUUGGACAUUAUUCAUUCUAAUCAGACAGGUUUUUUACAUGGAAGAUACAUUGGAGAUAAUAUAAGGCAAGCACUGGAAACAAUAGAACACUAUGGAAAAUCUGGGAAACCAGGCCUGCUUUUCAUAGCAGACUUCAAAAAGACAUUUGAUAAAGUACGACUGGGGUUUAUAUAUAAAUGCUUGGAGCAUUUCAAUUUUGGAGAAUCUCUUAUAAAAUGGGUCAAAAUCAUGUAUAGUAACCCUAGGUGUAAAAUAGUAAAUAAUGGCUAUUUCUCAGAAAGUUUUAAACUGUCAAGAGGAGUGAAACAAGGUUGUCCACUAUCGGCAUAUCUAUUUAUUAUGGCCAUCGAGAUGUUUGCUAUUCAAAUCAGAUCCAACAAUAAUAUCAAGGGAUUAGAAAUCCAGGGCUUAAAAACAAAGGUGUCAUUGUACGCUGAUCAUUCAUGUUUUCUUUUAAAUCCACAACUAGAAUCCCUCCACAGCCUCAUAGAGGAUCUAGAUACAUUUUCUAACCUCUCUGGAUUACAACCAAAUUAUGACAAACGUACUAUAUUACGUAUUGGAUCACUAAAAAAUACAAUUUUUACAUUACCGUGUAGUUUACCAAUAAAAUGGUCUGAUGGUGAUGUGGAUAUACUCGGAAUGCAUACAGUGCUAUGAAAAAGUAUUUGCCCCCUUUCUAAUUUUCUCUACUUUUGCAUAUUUGUGAUACUGAACGUUAUCAGAUCUUCAACCAAAACCUAAUAUUAGAUAAAGGGAACAUAAGUGAACAAAUAACACAACAAUUACAUAUUUAUUUCAUUUAUUUCAUAAACAAAGUUAUGCAACACCCAAUUCCCCUGUGUGAAAAAGUAAUUGCCCCAUUACACUCAAUAACUGGUUGUGCCACCUUUAGCUGCAAUGACUCCAACCAAAUGCUUCCUGUAGUUGUUGAUCAGUCUCUCACGUCGCUGUGGAGGAAUUUUGGCCCACUCUUCCAUGCAGAACUGCUUUAACUCAGUGACGUGUGGGUUUUCAAGCAUGAACUACAGGAGAAUGUCAGACCAUUUGUCUCUGAGCUGAAGCUGAAGCACAGCUGGGUCAUGCAGGAAGACAAUGAUCCAAAACACACAAUCAAGUCUACACAAAAAUAGCUAAAAAACAACAAAUUGGACGUUUUGGAAUGGCCUAGUCAAAGUUCAGACCUAAUCCCAAUUGAGAUGUUGUGGCAGGACUUGAAACGAGCAGUUCAUGCUUGAAAACCCACACGACACUGAGUUAAAGCAGUUCUGCAUGGAAGAGUGGGCCAAAAUUCCUCCACAGCGACGUGAGAGACUGAUCAACAACUACAGGAAGCAUUUGGUUGGAGUCAUUGCAGCUAAAGGUGGCACAACCAGUUAUUGAGUGUAAGGGGGCAAUUACUUUUUCACACAGGGGAAUUGGGUGUUGCAUAACUUUGUUUAUGAAAUAAAUAUGUAAUUGUUGUGUUAUUUGUUCACUUAUGUUCCCUUUAUCUAAUAUUAGGUUUUGGUUGAAGAUCUGAUAACAUUCAGUAUCACAAAUAUGCAAAAGUAGAGAAAAUUAGAAAGGGGACAAAUACUUUUUCAUAGCACUGUAUCCCAAAGGAAAUAAAUGAUUUCACUCCAAUACAUUUUAAUAGAAAGUUAGCAAAAAUAGAUAAGAUCUUGCUACCAUGGAAAGGUAAAUACCUGUCAAUUUGUGGAAAAAUCACCCUGAUUAACUCUUUAGUAUCAUCCCAGUUUACCUAUUUGCUUAUGGUCUUGCCUACGCCUAGCGAACAGUUUUUUUAAUUAUAUGAGAAAAAAAUAUUCAAUUUUAUUUGGAACGGCAAGCCAGUCAAAAUUAAACGGGCCUAUUUAUAUAAUGAAUAUGAAUUCUGAGGACAGAUAUUAUUAAAUAUUAAAGCAUUAGACCUAUCACUAAAAGCUUCAGUCAUACAAAAGUUAUACUUAAAUCCGAACUGGUUCUCUAGCAAAUUAGUAAGAUUGUCUCACCCAAUGUUCAAGAAUGGCCUUUUUCCCUUUAUUCAGAUUACAACCUCUCACUUUCAGUUAUUUGAAAAGGAAAUCAUCUCCCAAAUAUCACUAUUUCUAAAACAAGCCAUAGAAAGUUGGUUGCAAUUUCAAUUUAAUCCUCCAGAAACGACAGAACAAAUAAUGCAACAAAUAUUGUGGUUAAACUCAAAUAUACUAAUUGACAAAAAAUUUGUUUAAAAAAGGUAUUAUCUUUGUAAAUGAUAUCAUCGGUAGGACUGGUGGAGUUAUGUCGCACAUGCAGCUAACAAAAACAUAUAGAAAUGUCUGCUCUACCCAAAAUUACAACCAAAUAAUUGCAGCCUUACCGCAAAAAUGGAAGAGGAAAGUGGAAGGGGGAGAAAGUAAGGAACUUGUCUGUCGGCCUUGCAUUAAAGAACAUCAUUGGUUAAAGAAAACUGUGAUAAAUAAAAAAGUAUACCAGUUUCAUUUAAGGACCAAAGGAUUGACAGCCUUCCCAUACAGAUUGAAAAAUAGUUGGGAAGAGAUUUUUGACGUACCGAUCCCAUGGCAUAGUGUUUAUGAACUGAUACGCAAAACAACACCGGAUUCAAAACUUAGAAUCUUUCAAUUUAAAUUAUUAUAUAAAAUUCUUGCUACCAAUAGAAUGUUAUUUAUAUGGGGGAUACAAUCUUCCCAGCUCUGCAGAUUUUGCUGCGAAGAGACAGAAUCAUUAGAUCAUUUGUUUUGGUACUGUCCAUUUGUAGCCUGUUUUUGGACACAGGUCCAGGAAUGGCUAAAGGAUUGCAAUAUUUACCUGGAGCUAACCUUGCAGAUAGCAUUACUGGGUGAUCUGAAAAGUCAUAGUCAAUCAAUCAAUAAUAUAAUAAUACUUUUAGCAAAAAUGUUUAUUUACAAUCUGUAGAAACAAUGAGAAUAGAAAGGUUCAGAACUUUUGUAAAAUAUCACUGUACAGUUGAAAAAUAUAUGGCAAAUAGAAAUCCUAUAUGGAUGGUGUUAAGAGAUAGAUGGGUGGUGUUGAAUGGAGUUGAAGGAUGGGACUAAUAGUAACUAACAACAACUAAUAACAAAAUAACUAAUUAUGUAAGCAUACUGUGUCCAUAAUAAAUUGUAGGUUGUAGGUUGGGAGCUUUUGUGAAAGAGCACAGUUAGAAAGAUAUGGCAUAUACAGUGGGGGAAAAAAGUAUUUAGUCAGCCACCAAUUGUGCAAGUUCUCCCACUUAAAAAGAUGAGAGAGGCCUGUAAUUUUCAUAAUAGGUACACAUCAACUAUGACAGACAAAUUGAGAGAAAAAAAAUCCAGAAAAUCACAUUGUAGGAUUUUUAAUGAAUUUAUUUGCAGAUUAUGGUGGAAAAUAAGUAUUUGGUCACCUACAAACAAGCAAGAUUUCUGGCUCUCACAGACCUGUAACUUCUUCUUUCAGAGGCUCCUCUGUCCUCCACUCAUUACCUGUAUUAAUGGCACCUGUUUGAACUUGUUAUCAGUAUAAAAGACACCUGUCCACAACCUCAAACAGUCACACUCCAAACUCCACUAUGGCCAAGACCAAAGAGCUGUCAAAGGACACCAGAAACAAAAUUGUAGACCUGCACCAGGAUGGGAAGACUGAAUCUGCAAUAGGUAAGCAGCUUGGUUUGAAGAAAUCAACUGUGGGAGCAAUUAUUAGGAAAUGGAAGACAUACAAGACCACUGAUAAUCUCCCUCGAUCUGGGGCUCCACGCAAGAUCUCACCCCGUGGGGUCAAAAUGAUCACAAGAACGGUGAGCAAAAAUCCCAGAACCACACGGGGGGAUCUAGUGAAUGACCUGCAGAGAGCUGGGACCAAAGUAACAAAGCCUACCAUCAGUAACACACUACGCCGCCAGGGACUCAAAUCCUGCAGUGCCAGACGUGUCCCCCUGCUUAAGCCAGUACAUGUCCAGGCCCGUCUGAAGUUUGCUAGAGUGCAUUUGGAUGAUCCAGAAGAGGAUAGGGAGAAUGUCAUAUGGUCAGAUGAAACCAAAAUAUAACUUUUUGGUAAAAACUCAACUCGUCGUGUUUGGAGGACAAAGAAUGCUGAGUUGCAUCCAAAGAACACCAUACCUACUGUGAAGCAUGGGGGUGGAAACAUCAUGCUUUGGGGCUGUUUUUCUGCAAAGGGACCAGGACGACUGAUCCGUGUAAAGGAAAGAAUGAAUGGGGCCAUGUAUCGUGAGAUUUUGAGUGAAAACCUCUUUCCAUCAGCAAGGGCAUUGAAGAUGAAAUGUGGCUGGGUCUUUCAGCAUGACAAUGAUCCCAAACACACCGCCCGGGCAACGAAGGAGUGGCUUCGUAAGAAGCAUUUCAAGGUCCUGGAGUGGCCUAGCCAGUCUCCAGAUCUCAACCCCAUAGAAAAUCUUUGGAGGGAGUUGAAAGUCCGUGUUGCCCAGCGACAGCAUCACUGCUCUAGAGGAGAUCUGCAUGGAGGAAUGGGCCAAAAUACCAGCAACAGUGUGUGAAAACCUUGUGAAGACUUACAGAAAACGUUUGACCUGUGUCAUUGCCAACAAAGGGUAUAUAACAAAGUAUUGAGAAACUUUUGUUAUUGACCAAAUACUUAUUUUCCACCAUAAUUUGCAAAUAAAUUCAUAAAAAAUCCUACAAUGUGAUUUUCUGGAUUUGUUUUCUCAUUUUUUCUGUCAUAGUUGACGUGUACCUAUGAUGAAAAUUACAGGCCUCUCUCAUCUUUUUAAGUGGGAGAACUUGCACAAUUGGUGGCUGACUAAAUACUUUUUUUCCCCACUGUAGAAGCAAACCGGAUGGACAUCAUGAAAAUGAUUGGAGAGGUUGAGAGUAGAAGAAGUUCAGGAGAAAAAACAAACAAAAUAUAAUUAUUGUCAAAUUGACUGUGUCCAUAAAAUGUAUAUAGUAAGUAUAAGCUGGAAGUAGAGGACUAAGCAUUGCUGUUCACUAGUUUACUCCAAUUAGGGAAAGGGUGGUGGGGUUGGAAAGUAAUAAAGGGGAAUAUAUAUAUUUUUAAAAGGAUGUAUGUAUGUAUGUAUGUAUAUGUAUGUAUAUGUGUAUGUGUAUGUGUGUAUGUGUGUAUAUAUGUAUGUGUGUAAAUAUGUGUAUGUGUAUAUGUAUAUGUAUGUAUAUAUAGAGAGAUAUAUAUAUAUAUAUAUAUAUAUAUAUAUAUAUAUAUAUAUAUAUAUAUAUAUAUAUAUAUAUAUAUAUAUAUAUAAAAACAUGGGGGAUUAGAAGUGAUGCAGACAAUUACAUUAAUGGAAGUUACAAUCUAUCUGCAAUAUUAAGCUGAUCUACCCCCUAAAAAAAAAGAAUUAUAUUUCAUUUUCCAUUAAGACUAUUUUUCCAUUAGUGCCUACUGAGCAUGAUCCAGUGUUGAUAUCCAGCCUGAUGUGUGACUGUCCCCAUUUGGCCUGUGCUGUGCUAUGUGUGUCAGGUACCUGGGCACCAUCCUGGGCUCUUCUGUCAUCUCUACUACAGUCCUGGGGGACGGACAGCCUGUCAGUAUGGCUGUACGCUUCCAGCUCCAACACAGAGCUCAGGUUAGGACCUCAGUCUCACACUCACAUGGACUCUAUUCCUCUUUAUAAACUGGCUGGUUUGAGCCCUGAAUGCUGAUUGGCUGACAGCCGUGGUAUAUCAGAUUGUAUACCACGGGUAUGACAUAAACAUUUAUUUUUACUGCUCUAAUUACGUUGGUAACCACUUUAGAAUAGCAAUAAGGCACCUCGGGGGGUUGUGUUAUAUGGCCAAUAUACCACGGCUAAGGGCUGUGUCCAGGCACUCUGCGAUGCGUCGUGCAUAAGAACAGCCUUUAACCGUGGUAUAUUGGCCAUUUACCACACCCCCUCGUGCCUUAUUGCUUAAAUAUACUAUAUUCCUCUUCCUCGUUCACAGAGAAUAUGAUAUAUGCCCCUUGUUCUACUCCACAAGUUUGUCCUUUACUAUAAGUGUGAAAUUAUGUCCCGUUCCAUUGAUUCCUUUAGAAUCCUGCAGGGACCGUGUAUGACCCCGUCUGUGCAUUCUGGGACUUUGAUCUGAUGUGAGUAUAAUGACAGCAAAUGUUCUACCAUUACAUCAAUAGAAAUCAGUGUUCGAUUUAUUAGUGUAAUGGUUACCGUACAUUGUUAUGAAAGUGUAAACUGUUGUCCCCCUCUAGGCCAGAGGCUGGGGGGUGGUGGUCUACUAGAGGAUGUGAGGUCGUCUCUAAACAGUACGGCUCCACUGUCUGCUUCUGCAACCACACCACCAACUUUGCCCUGCUGAUGCAAGUCUAUGAAGUCCAGGUAAAGGUCCAUUCUAUCCUCCACAAUUCCUCCCAUCCUCAUUGUGAAAUAGUGCACUCAAUAGAGAAUAGACACUUAUAGUCACUAUAGUUUCAGAUAAAUAUCUAUGUGUGUGUGUGUGUGUGUGUCAGAGGAGUCCAGAGAAUGAAAGAGCCCUCCAGGUGAUGACGUUCAUCGGCUGUGGCGUGUCUCUGUGUGGCCUACUCUUCACCUUCAUCCUCUUCAUCGCUGUGGGGUGAGUGGUGCUCUGCUUCAUCGCUGUGGGGUGAGUGGUGCUCUGCUUCAUCGCUGUGGGGUGAGUGGUGCUCUGCUUCAUCGCUGUGGGGUGAGUGGUGCUCUGCUUCAUAGCUGUGGGGUGAGUGGUGCUCUGCUUUAUCACUGUGUGGUGAGUGGUGCUCUGCUUCAUCACUGUGGGGUGAGUGGUGCUCUGCUUCAUCGCUGUGGGGUGAGUGGUGCUCUGCUUCAGCGAAGAAUCUACUAGCAUGUGGAGAGUACAAGACACGUGUUAGUUUGAAUGAUUAUUUCUGUCUGUACAUUGUCUUCUUUACCAUGCUGAGCAGACCCAUUGCUGCUGUGUUUAGUAUUUAUGUAUGAUGACUGACUCACAGACUAGCUGUAUGUUGGUCUGACCUUGAUCAUCUCUCUGUGUCUAUCUCCAUUCUCCCCUCUCCCCUCUCCCCUCUCCCCUGUCUGGCCUGGUGUGGUGUGGGUGCAGAGUUCCUAAGUCUGACCGCACCACUGUCCAUAAGAACCUGAUCGUGGCUCUGGGGAUAGCUGAGCUGCUGCUUAUGUGCAGUGACUGGGCCUCUGCUAACAAGGUGGGACUCUUUACAUACAGUAGCUCUGUCUGUCUUCAAACAUCUCAUUCUCUAUAUGGUUAUGGGUACUAUGAAGUAAAGGAGGGCAUAGGGUCAGAGAUUCAUGUGCCUGUAGGCUUUUAUCUGUUUCGGUCGUUGAAUGUAUGAUAUGACUCCAUUCUCUUCUCUAGACUACAGUACUAUGUGUGUUACUUAAGUGGUGGACAAGUAUGUCAAUGCUCUGUACCUCCUGUCCACUAGGGGGCGUGUCUGGUGGUGACGGCCUUGCUGCACUUUUUCUUCAUGGCCUCCUUCUCCUGGAUGCUGGUGGAGGGGCUGCUACUGUGGAGUAAGGUGGUGUCUGUCAACAUCAGCGAGGACCGCAGGAUGAAGAUGUACUACUCCAUAGGCUGGGGUAAAACACCCUACAGAAAUAACACAAUGUCCCCACACAGUACUCAUCCAGUCACACAAGACCCUGGCCUAUAUCCUACAGUACAUACAAGCCCAGUUUGUGCACAGUGCUGUCUGGAACACAGCUCAUCUACAUUUACAUUACAUUUUUAGUCAUUUAGCUGACGCUCUGUUUUUUUGUUUGUUUAGUUUUUUGUUUUUUUUCAUCAGGCUAAAGGCUGUGUUCCUACUGACCAUAUUGGAAGAGUGUGUUUAUUCAAAUAGCUAAACACACUCAUGAUGAUGUGUUAUAAGAUGGCCAUAUAUUGGCCAGCUGUCUGAGGUGUUCACUUUUUUCAGACUAAAUAGAAUGGCUGGUGAAUGGACAGUCAGUGCCUAGUGCAGUGCCUGUACCACAGCAAUGUCAACUCUCUUCUUUAAAGACAUUCUUGUGUUAUAUUCCCUUUUAAAAUAAUAUUGUUGCUUUCUUUUUACAGGUCUGCCUGUUGUGAUUGUUGGUGUAACCUUGACAAUAUCCCUGGACAAGUACAAGGCAGACAAUCACUGCUGGCUCAAUGUGGAGACUGAUAUGAUUUGGGCUUUUGUGGGACCUGUUCUAUUUAUCUUGGCUGUAUGUAGCUUCGCUUUACUUGUGUUACUUCACUUUACUUUUGUGUGUGUGUGUGUGUGUGUGCAUUUGCAUGUGUGUGUGCUCGCAUGUGAUGAUUAUUAAUGUGUCAUACAUGUGUCAUGCAGCAACAAUAUGGCAUGUCCAUCAGUUGUUCUAAGACUUUGUGUACUCCUAGGUCAAUGCAGUGGUGCUUUGCCGGGUAGUCAUAGUGACAGUGUCCAGCGCUCGUCGUCGAGCAAAGAUGCUCACUCCCAGUUCAGCAUCUAAACUCCAUACCUUCGACCUGACCUGGUGAGUCACCACACUAUAGAGCGCAGAGAGAGAGGAGACGCUCGAGAGAGAGAGAGAGAGAGCGCGGAGAGCGAGAGCGGAGCGAGCUAGCGCGGGAGCUGCGCGAGCGCGCGAUCGAAGAGGAUAUGCGCGAUCAGACAAAGAGAGACGAGAAGAACAGACGAGGGCGCGCGCAGAGCUCUGAGAGAGAAAAUCAGAGAUACAAGCAGCGCUAUGAUAGAUCUCUCGCAGAUAACUCAGCUCGCUAGACUCUCUCUCUCUCUAUCUCUCUUCUCUCUCUCUCUCUCUCUCUCAUUCUCUCUCAUCCAGUCUCUCGUCCUCUCUUUCCCUGAUUCUCCUGCUCUCUCACGCACAUGCAACCUAGGACACAUACAUUGUAUUUUGAUUCUGUGACUCGACCCAACAUCCAACAUCCAUGUUUUAUAUGUGCGAUAUAAUGAGACAUAGAAAGCUGUCAGAGGAAUUUUCCUUUCAAGCACAAUCUGUGGAAUGGGUGGUUUUCAAAUCAACAAGUGACAGAUCCACUCAGCCAAACCUAACUGAACUGAACAGAGAGACUGUAACUGUGUGAGAAUGAGGUAGUUUGAGUCUGAAGUAGUGGGAGUUGUUAUAGGUCUUAUCAACCUAACACCUGGUCCUAGGGAGACAAAGAGACAGAGAGGCAGACUGUGUGGGUGUGUGUUGGUCUGUGUGCUUUUCACUGAGCUCGUUGUCUGGUGGACCAAAAAAAACAGGGACCAUAGGGUUCAGUCCUGUCCCAAUAUGGACAGGGUCUAAACAUGCUAUACUUAUAUAUACUGUAGCUGCCUACAUGUAGAGACAAGACAAAUAAAACAAUUAUAUUGUGCACACAUUUAUAAAAACCAAGACAGUAUUUCAUAUGAGAUUAUAAUUUUCAGUCAUCACCUCUUCCUUUCCUUGUAAAGAGAGUGAAGGAGUAA